AUGAAUAAUUCAGCAUUUAAUUUUUCACUUAUACUUAUGAGACCCGAAUAUCGUGAACAAAUUGAUCCAAAAUAUAAGAAAAAAAUUGAAGCACUUGUUUGUUGUCAACUUGCAUUACCUUAUUGUAUUGUUACUGGAGCUCAUGUUAUUCGAGAAGAUUUAUCUUUAUGUCCAUCAUGUAAUUUUCCGGCAAUUUAUUCAGAAUUUUUAAAAUAUCGGAGUACAGCUGAUAUAUGUCCGAUGUGUACAACAAAAAUUGAUGCAUUACGUAUUAUGAAACUUGAUAGUGGAGCAGCCGUAGAUAGUUUUCGUACACAAUCAUCGGAUAUGUCUUGA